AUGGUCGUUGAUCUGAUGAACUUCUCAAAAAUGGACGAUCAGAUCGCAAUCAAGGAAGCAGUCAUCGCCAUCCUCCAGAGCAUGGAAGCCCUCGUCCUCACCCUCAGCCAUCAAUCUUCGUCAUCUUCUUCCUUUGGCUGCUCGGCCAUUAUCGACAACACCGUCUCCAAGUUCAAGAAGUUCAUCAAUGCCCUCGAUCAAACAGGCCACGCCCGGUUUAGGCGUGGCCCGGUCCAGCCUCCGACCGAAUCUUCAUCUCUGUCGCGCUCUCCGGUGAUUGUAGCUCGGCCAGCUCUGAUUCCUCCUCUAGCGGUGAGUUUCCUGUCUCGAGGGCUCACCCUUGACUUCACCAACCCGAACCCACCACCCACUGAUAAGAUCACUGGGAAAGGACGGUUUACUGAUGAUCCUUUCAGCAUCUCACCACUGAUCUCCGGUAACUCCUCGUUUCCGUCAUUGAUCACUGCAGAUGGAAGUGUUUCCAAUGGAAAAGGAUCGUCUCUGUUCCACAGACGAGGUAUUUGCUGCACUGUGUUUAUGUCGUACUCGAACGGGGGGUUCCUGAGGAAGGAGAGUUUGAGGAAGAGAAAGGGUAUUAUGGUCUUCACAUAUUUUAAUCACUUGAGUUUUGUGUUUUAA